AUGUCAGAAUCUACUUCGCAAACGGCGCAAAUUAAUCCCGAUGACACCAUCAAGAUUUUAGUUGCCAGUGAUAUACACUUGGGGUUCAAGGAAAAGGAUCGUAUUCGAGGCGACGAUAGCUUUAUUGCCUUCGAAGAAGUGCUGCAGCAUGCACUUGAAAAUGAGGUGGAUGCAAUCUUGCUCGGUGGUGAUUUAUUUGAUGUGGCCAACCCCUCCACGGCCACAUUGGAUCGCUGCUUCCGUUUGCUGAAGACCUACUUGCUCGGCGACAAACCCAUAAAGCUGGAGUUCAUGAGCGCUCAAAAUGUGAACUUCGUCGACUCGCUAACCCAAACGGUGAACUACGAGGAUCCGAAUAUAAAUAUCGCCAUACCGAUGUUUUCGAUCCAUGGUAACCAUGACGAUUCAGGCGGUUCCGGUCGCGUAAGCUCGAUGCAUUUGCUGAGCACAAACGGGUACGUGAACUACUUUGGGAAAUGGACCGACCUGAGCAGGAUUGAUAUCCGGCCUAUAUUGCUGCGCAAGGGUGAAACGAAGCUUGCACUGUACGGUCUGAGUUACAUGAGUGAUGCCCGGCUUUGUCGCUUGCUGGAAGAGGCGAAAGUAUUCAUGGAGCGACCGGAUGAGCCCGGGUUUUUUAACGUGAUGGUACUGCACCAGAAUCGGGUCGAACGCGGACCGAAAAAUCAUCUGCCGGAGAGCUCUUUGCCACAGUUUCUCGAUUUGAUCAUCUGGGGCCAUGAACACGAUUGCCGCAUCGAACCGGAGGAAAAUUCGGCGAAAAAGUUUUACGUUAGUCAACCGGGCUCCACGGUGGCAACGUCCCUAUCGGAGGGUGAAGCAAUACCGAAGUGUUGCGGGCUGCUCAGCAUCCACAAAGGAUUGUUCCGGAUGGAUCCGAUACCGCUGCAAUCGGUACGGCCGUUCGUGUUUGAAUCAGUCGAUCUAGCCACCGUGCAGGAAGAGCUAGCGCUGGACGAAGGUGACGUGCAGCAAAAGGUGAAAGACUUUGCCGCCGAACGUAUUGAAGCCAUGAUUGAGCGUGCCCAGACGCAGCUCACCGGGUAUCCAAGGCAACCGAAACUUCCGCUGAUACGUCUCCGUCUAAUACUGACGGAAGUCGAACAACAGUUCAAUGCAAUCCGUUUUGGCAUGCGGUAUGUGAACCGCGUAGCCAACCCACUGGAUAUGGUAAUUUUCAAGAAGAAGCCCAAAGUAAAGGUUAAGAACGAAGCGGGCGAUACGGUUGACAAGGCAGCACUUAAGGAAGCGUACAGCAAAGGGUCUGUUCUGCGAGUAGAAGACAUCGUCGAAAGUUACUUCUUGAAGGCGGAUCCAGUGAACCAACUAGAGGUGCUUCACCCCCGAAGCAUGACCGAAAUGAUGCGCAGGAUAGUCCACUAUGAAGAUGAUGAUGUGCCCGCGAAGGGUUUAAAAUUUUACCUAGACAAAGCGCUCGCCUUUCUGCCCACGCACGGCGGCACUACCAAGGAGAGCGCGCUCGAGGCUUUCGAUGAGGCAGGGUUUCAUACGGUCGAAUCGAAACUGCAUGAUCAGUUUCUCAACAUGUUGGAUGCGCAGCCGGUUCGGGAGGAUGUAACCGAUCUGUUAAAUCGGUUUCGCGAUCGCGAUGGGAUUGAUGAGCCGGUUAAGCAGGGCGACAAAACGGCACCAGCCAAACCGGCACCUGCCAAACCGGCCCGCGGACGUGGAUCACGAGGUGGACGGGGAGCAUCGGGACGGGCUGCGAGUAAAGCAGCAAGUGCAACCGGUGCAACCCGUACCCACUCGCAAGCUUCGAUCAGUGCCAUGUUUAGCCAAAAAUCUGAUAGCAACAGCAGUAUCGCUAGUGUGGCCACAAGAACUUCAUCCAGAAAAACGGCAACACAAAAGGCGCGACAAAUGGAUUUUGAUUCCGAUCCGGACGAGUAAAUCUUGCAAAACGCAUUCCGGACAGGGCAUUCGGUUAUUCAUUCCUCUAGAUUUUAAUGCUAUUUUCUUUCUAUGCCACACUUCCGUUUGUACGCAUGCCUGAAAGGGUGCGAAAGAUCAUUCUUAAUGCUUUAUUCCGCGUGGU